CUGACCCACAGUCUCUUUGCACACUUUCGGCUAAUUAUUGUGAAGGAAAUAUUGACGACGACGACGACGACGACGACAACAAUUGAACACCCCCAUUUCCUUCCCACCCCCUCUCGGAGCCAGAUCUCAUUUUCCCCUUCAGAUCUGCACAAAUGGCAAAGGUCAACGGAGAACUCGCCUCUUCACGGCGGAAGUCGCGGAAGGCGCACUUCAGCGCCUCUUCCGGCGAACGGCGAGUCAUCAUGAGCGCCCCGUUGAGCAAGGAACUGAGAGAGAAGCACAAUGUCCGCUCGAUACCCAUCCGCAAAGACGACGAAGUCACCAUCGUCCGGGGCUCUAACAAGGGCCGCGAGGGCAAAAUCACCAGCGUCUACCGCCUCAAGUACGUCGUACACGUCGAGCGAGUCACCCGCGACAAGUCCAACGGCCAGAGCGUCCCCAUCGGCAUCCACCCAUCCAAGGUUGUUAUCACGAAGCUGAAGAUCGACAAGGACCGCGAGAGCAUGCUCGAGCGAAUGGGUAAGGGUCGGGAAGUGAAGGUGGCAAAGGGAAAUUAAAUUAAAAAAAAAAAAGUAACAUUUUUUUAAACUUGUUUUAUUCUUUUUUUUUUGUUUUUUUUUUUUUUUUCACCUUGUCUCUACCUUUUUCCACUUUGCUUUGCAUGCCUUUGAGGGAUUGUGUGUAGAGGGACUCGGGUAUUUUACGCAACGUACUGGUCGGAUAGGUUUCCCCCCAGUUCGUGGAUUGGACGGCGACCACAUUUAUGGACUAAACGAAAAAUGAAAAAAGAGAAAACAUACUAUAUGACUUUUAAUUGUCUGUAGUUUCAUGCUUGACCUGGCUGGUGGAUUUCACAUACCACUACCUCUUCUUUGAGCAUACUCCCUUUCUCCCUUUCACUACACCCAAGCAUUUUCUCACCCCAUCGUUCGAUGGGCUACGCGAUCAACAAAAGGAGAUACCAUUCCAGAGCUUCAACGAUCAGACAUUGCGAAAGCAACGGGUCUCAAGAAAUUAACGACGUGAGAAACGAUAUCCUUUUCCCAUUUCCCGUCCUUUCCCCUCUACUACGCCCAUCCCUUUUCAUCGUGACAACACCGAGACAUGCAAGACUUUUUGCCAGUAUUAUCUCCUCGCAAACCAUAAGAUAUACAUCUUUAUUCGGUGGUUUAGCGAGGUAUACGCCUGGCGCACAUGGAGCGACCUUUACAACACCAAACAUCAAACUCGCCUUUUUUAUAUUCUAUAAAUAUAAAAUUGUGAAGUGUGCGAUGGUUGUGGGUAAGUCUCGCCUGCAGACUUGUCCCUAUGCUUGAUAUCGAUGAUGGAAACAAGUUUGAUGGCGAGGGACAUCACUUUUUAUGUUUAUAUUAUGCUUGUGCAUCGAGCUGUUUUUUGAAUAGACAAUUCAUAUCAUUUUUAUUUUCAUUGCAAAAGUGGUCGAGCCGGUGAAAGAGAGUAUAGAUAUAUUUUCCCGCAUCAGUUGAUCGAAUAAACAAAUGAUGGAACAUCUUUGAUUCUGCAUGAGAAAUACUAUAUAUAGAUAGCAUGGUAGCACGGUGGUAUUAAUGCAGAGGGGAAAGGCCUAAACAAGACGAAUCAGGGCAGAACUUGCGCUCUCGACGAGAUAUAAAUAAAACACACCGCUCUGUAAACUGGAAAUCAGAAAGAUUGAAGACGUAAGAAAUAAAAUGCAAAGUCCAGAAAUCAAAACCAGACAAAAGGGAAAUUAAGAAAAAGGCCUCCAUCCUUCCAAAAAAAAAAAAAAAAAAAAAAAAAAAAGACAAGAAAGAUCUCAUGAUAUCAAUUUCCCCCGAUUUAUGCACACUCCCUGGAAAUAAAGAAACGAUUCUUUACCGCCCAAAACACCUGCCCCACGAAGGCAAUCCACACCCCAUCCCGACGAAGAGAUAUACCAAGAACACGACGACGACGACCAGCAGGGCCAUCACUUUCACAUUCUUCCACCACAUCUGCCGCCUCAAUCCACGGCUCCGCACGCGGAAAUCCCGGGAGCUACCCCCGAGCCGGUCCGUCUUGUCAACCAGCAGAUCGAUCCGCUCCCCACGCUCCAGCACCCGCUCGAUGUUCUCCGUCAUGAUUCCGCGCACGCUGUCAAUCUCCUUGCGCGCAGAGGCCAGCGAAUCGGCUGGUGGGGCCGUGUUGUAGGUCUGCAGCAGCUCGCGAAGGGUUGUGUUGAAGGCGGCGCAGCCGUAGGCGGGCAUGGCGCUGAAAUCGGUGCUGUCCGGGUUGUAGACCGUGAGGAAUUUGCGGCGAAUCUCGAGCAGGAAGGCGAAGGGGAUGCGUCGGCCGAGCUCUGCGGUGGCUACGACGAGGUAGCUGAGCGGGGCGUAGGAGGUGAGUUCGCCAUUUUCGGCCGCGGCGGUGGGAGAGUCGGCGAUGUAAUGGACGAAGAGGCGGUCGUGUGUGUAGGUGAGCUUUUGCGGGGUUUCGUGAGAGAUUUUGGGGAGAAUGAUAGAGGCGAGGGAGGAGGCGGAAGUGGAGGACGUGCCGGGGGAGGAGUGUUCGGCUAGAAUUGUAGUUCUAUGCGCAAUGCAGGCACUGGGAGACUGUUUAGCGAGGGUUCCCUCUGAAUUUCACGGGAGAGA